AUGGAUUCAGUGACUGAGUUACGUAAACAUUUAGCACAAGAAUGUACAAGGAAAGGGAACCCUCCAGCUGAAGAAGGUAUGAAUAGUGACACAGAAGAAGAUACUGUCUUCGAGACAAGAUUUGUUGAAAAUUUCGAUCUGUCCCAAUUUCCAAACUGGAAGCAGUGUUUUAAUGAGGAAAAAAAUACAAGUCAUUUGUUUUAUUUUGGUGGGAAAUCCAUUGGCUAUUCCCAAAUUGAAAUUAUAAUUGACUCCAACAAAGUUUGGACAAUUCGCCACGAGGGAAUGGAAAAAAAGAUCAACUUAGAUUGGGCGGAUGUUUCACCGCAAGUAAAUUCAAUUCAAGAUUUAGUUAAGCUUUUAGUCACCAUUCAGUCCCUGAGAGUAUGCUUGGGUUGCCCAUUUGAACAGUUUCAGACAAUAGUACCAAAGGGAAUGUUUGAGCCUGUCUAUUACACCCGAAAUGGGGAGCCUGCUGCCUUUGUUGAAACCAGUCCAUCCCAGCAUCAUAAAAAAAUCAUACGGUCAACAAGCUGUCUUGUUUUCAUCCCCUAUGACGAGGCUUUACACUCAAGUGACAUAUGUGCAGCUUGUGAACACAGUAAGCACUACUUAUGA